CAAACCCCUCUCGCCUCUCCUUCGCGGCACUCGCACUCGCACUCGCACUCGCCUCCGGUCGCUUUGGGACCCCAUUCUUCCUGGUCUUUCUUUUCCUUUCACCCGGAUCUCUACUGCUGUGCUUUGCUGUGCACGGCCAGAGAGAAAGUAACUUUCGCCGUCCGAUUGGAUCUGGGUAUCUCCUUUCAGCUAGGUGUAGACGCCCUCCAGCGUCAGCAGUGUGAAUGCCGGUAUCCUGGUCGGCCAUGGAUGCGCGAAGUCGCCUUUACGGCCGGUGAUCCCUAACUUAAUGUUGCCCGUGGCUUGUUUCAGGGGAAAGAUGCGCGUACUUCUGAUGCUUUCCCUCUGUCUGCUUCCACUUGGGGUUGCUUCAUAUGGACUUCAAUCUUACUUUCUCUUCAGAUCAAAGGAGCAACCAAUGAAACCAAUACCUGUUAGCCUGACUAUGGCUCCAUCCAGGGUACCUGAAAAUUGGGCCAUGGCACCAUGGGCACCAAAGUCUUCACCAAAAAUUCCACCAAGAGGAAAAGCUGAAAGGCAUGCCCGUGCAAAGAAACAUCAUAAAGUUUCACCAUCCCCAUAUUCUCCUCCAAAAGAAAAUUGUGAUAGAAUAACAUGCUCUGAUCCCUUUACUCGGACACCAAUCGGUUCACCUUGUGGUUGUGUUUACCCUAUAAAAGUGGUUAUUGAUGUAGGGGUAGCUCCGAUUUUACUGUUUCCUGAGAUAGCAGAACUUGAAAUUGAGGUAGCAGCUGGUACAUUUCUGAAGCAAAGUCAAGUUCGAAUCAUGGGUGCUGAUGCGAGUAUCUAUAGUCAAGACAAGACAACAAUUUCAAUUUACCUGGUGCCUUUGGGUGAAAAAUUUGACAAAAUGACUGCUUUUAUUAUAUAUGAAAGGUUUUGGCAGAAAAAGGUUCGAAUAAGCACAUCCAAUUUUGGCGAUUACCAAGUUAUAUCUGUUCAUUAUCCAGGGCUUCCUUCCUCUCCACCACCCAUGCCUUGGGGAUUGUCGGGUAUCAGCCCCAUGGGAAGUCAGCAAUACCCAUUUACAGCAAAGGUACCUGCAGGCAACAAAGAGAACAUGAACGAUAGGAUAAUUGUUUUAGUUUCUCUUUCCUCUUUUUUGCUUAUUUCAGUCUGCAUUGGAGUGGUUUUAAUAAUCUUGAAAUUGAGGAAGCUGGAACAGCAUCCUACUAGUAGCAGUUCUGGUGUUGCCCCUUUGGCUAAGAGAUCUGGAGCUAAGACUACCAUACAAAGCAGCGUUGCAAGUUCAACAUCUAUGUCUCUUGUUUCUACAAUGGCUACUUACCCAUCCUCAGUGAAAACAUUUUUACUAGCUGAGCUGGAGAAAGCAACUAAUAGAUUUAGUUCUGAGAGAGUGUUGGGUGAAGGUGGAUUUGGACGUGUUUACCUUGGGAUCAUGGAGGAUGGAGAUGAAAUUGCUGUUAAGCUGCUAACAAGGAAAGAGCAGAAUGGUGACCGAGAAUUCAUCGGGGAAGUAGAAAUGCUUAGCAGACUGCAUCAUCGUAAUUUGGUCAAACUGAUUGGUAUAUGCAUUGAAGGCAAUAAACGCUGUCUGGUUUAUGAACUUGUUCGCAAUGGAAGUGUUGAGUCCCAUCUGCAUGGUGCAGAUAGGGACAAGCAGAUUUUGAGCUGGGAUGCAAGAAUGAAGAUAGCCCUUGGUGCUGCCAGAGGCCUUGCAUACCUGCAUGAGGAUUCCAAUCCUCGUGUUAUUCAUCGUGAUUUCAAGGCCAGCAAUGUACUGCUGGAAGAAGAUUUUACACCCAAGGUUUCAGAUUUUGGGCUGGCAAAAGAAGCAUCUGACGCAAGUCAUCAUAUUUCCACCCGAGUCAUGGGGACUUUUGGGUAUGUAGCGCCUGAGUAUGCGAUGACUGGGCAUCUUCUAGUUAAGAGUGAUGUCUAUAGUUAUGGCGUUGUGCUCCUGGAACUUCUAACAGGUCGUAAGCCUGUGUACAUGAGUUGUAAUGAUGAACCAGAGAAUCUUGUGACCUGCAGUCGCCCUUUGCUGACAAGCAAAGAAGGUUUAGAACAGCUUAUAGAUCCAUCCUUACGGGGAAUCUGUGACUUCAAUGACUUUGCUAGAGUUGCAGCAGUAGCCUCAAUGUGUAUUCACACAGAAGCAUCUCAGAGGCCUUUCAUGGGAGAAGUAGUCCAGGCAUUGAAGCUAAUAUACAAUGACAUGGACGAAACAAAUGAAGACUCUUACAGCCAAAGAGGAUCUUCCUCCUGCCAGGAUUACGACUACAAAGGUGAAUUUGGGCUGGAGAGCAGCUGGUGGAGUGGGUGCUCAUACUCUCAUGUAAACAUGGUGCAUAGCUCGGAUCAGAUUGAAGAGAUGUGCAGGCCUCAUUCCACUUCUUCUUUGGUUUCGAAGAUGGAAUCCAUAACUAGUUAUAACAGAUCUGGUCCUUUGAGAACAAAGAGAAAGAAAUCUGCACUUAAUAGACUGAGAAACACCGGGAGUGAGCAUGGGGUUACCAAGAGGCACUUACAUUUGGAUGGGUAAUUAGCCGUUGUAGUGUUAGCAGAGGGGAAUUGCUUCUUUUCAUAUUUUUAAAAUGUACAGCUGUGCCUUGGGGGGCCAAGUUACUUUGGCAUGGCUAUUUGUUUCUGAUUGGAAGAGUGAGCUGACCCAGGCAUGUAAUUUUGGAGAUCAUGAUUCAUUGCUUGUGCAUCAGAUCAUUUGACCUUGUCCAUUUUCAUCUUCUUCAAUGUUAAUAUAGAGUUAUAAUUUUUCUAA